GUGAGGGGAGGUGCGUGGGUGCGGAUGAGCCACCCAGGAGCUGUGCUGAGGGGGCCACCGACGCGCCCGGCAGCAUUUACACACCAGUCCCCCCCCAUUGUACGUCGUCAUUGUGCCCUCUUCUGCCUCCGUUUGCCAGGUCUUCCUCGCCUAAGAUGACGCAGCCGAUGCGGGACCUCCAGCUGGCCCAGGCCAGGAAGCCGCCGGGCCCCUCCUCCCCGAAUGCGGCCAAGAGGCUUUACCGCAACCUCUCGGGGAAGUUCCGCGUGAACUACAUGUCCUUCGACGAGGGCGGCCUGCCCGGGAGGAGCGAGAAGGAGAAGCUGCGCAAGGCCUGCCUGUUCCAGAGCAACGCGGUGCUCUUCGAGGCUGUGGAGCUGCAGGAUCUGGAGCGGGUGCAGGAGCUGCUGAGACAGUACAGCCCCGAGGAGCUGGACCUGAACACCCCGAACAGCGAGGGGCUGCUGCCGCUGGACGUCGCCAUCAUGACCAACAACGCCCCCAUCGCCAGGGUGCUGCUGCAGGCCGGCGCCAAGGAGAGCCCCCACUGUGAGCUGCUAGUGCGGCGUGCGCGGCCGCGCCUCGGCCCCUCGCCCUCCUGGCCGGGGCGAAGGCAGCGAGGCCUGGGGGGCUGCAGCGCCAAGGGAGAGCCGGAGGGGACACAAGUUUUCAUUUCAACAGGGACCCUUCUUCCCCCAUGGCACAGGCCCAGCUCAGGGCUCUGGCGGGCUCCUCUCCGACCCAGCGGCGUGGGCGGAGCUAGGGAGCAGAGAUUUCCUGGAGGCACGGCCUACUACGUCCAGGUGUCGGCCUACAACAUGAAGGGCUGGGGGCCCCCACAAGCCUCUGUGCCCUCCUUUGCUGUCCCCUCCAGUAAAUGCCAGAACCGUGAGUGUUUCCAGGGCCGGCGUGCUGCCGCGGUGGGCAUGGUGCAGCUGGUGCGCCCGCAUCCCCACGUACUGUGCUCCACGCUGCCUUCUUCUCCAGAGUCCUGCAAGAACCAGCCCCAGAGCCGGAAGCACUCGGUCUCCAAAAGCCUGAAGCACCUUUUCCACCCUGGCAGCAAGUUCCUAAAGACCCUGAAAAGGGGCCUCUAUCUCAUCUCCAUCCUAUACCGAGAUGACAACAUCCUGGUGACGCACGAGGACCAGAUCCCCGUGGUGGAGAUAGAUGACACCUACUCCUGCCUGCUCAUGCAGGACUUCCUCUGGUUCACCAAGCUCUCCUGCAUGUGGGAUGAGAUCCUGUGGCUGGGCCCGUGUCUCACGGUCUCCCAGUCGUCCUGCUCCUGCGUCCUGCCCAAAUGCAGGGGCUGGCUCCCUGCGGCUGCCCCUAAGGAGUCUCCCUUGUCUCUGUCCGCGAAGGGGCUGCUGGGAAUCCAGGACCUGGGACAGUUCUUCUUCGAGCCCAUCAAGGACAAGCAGGGCAACAUCUUGGUGGUGACGCUGAAGGAGGUGAAAACCAGCCAGAGCUUUGAGAGCGUCCGCUGGGUGCCCCUCUGCAAGCUGCAGUCCAGCCGCAAGUCCGUCUCCUCCCCCGAAGAGCCCUCGGCUCUGGACAUGCUGCUGGCCACAGUGCAGGACAAGCUGGCCUACCACCAGAGAAGCAGCCAGGCCCUCGCCCCAGGCCUCUACCUGGGCUAUCUGAAGCUCUGCAGUGCGGUGGACCAGAUCCGAGUGCUGGUGCCUGAGCGGUUACCCUGCCUCUCCCACACCACCGCCCGCCGCUGACUCUCCUCUGCCAGGGAGGAGUGGGAGUGGCUACAAAACCUGGCCAGUUUGGAGGAGCCAACUCCCACAGAGGCAGAGGCAGAGACUUUCCAGAAUCCCUUGAAUCGGGAGCUGCCAGGGGCCAUUAAGGAGCUGAUGAACCUGGUCAACAUCCCCCUGCAAGAGGCUCGAGAUUUCCGUCUAUACAGCCAGGAGGUGCUAGACUUCGGGGGACAGGUCUCCUUUCUCCUGCUGCUCCCUCCCUCGGACGAUGUGUGCACUGCCCCCGGGCAGAACAACCCCUACACCCCCUGCUCCGGCUUCCUCACGCUGCCGCUCCAGAUCUUUGAGCUAGUUCACUUCUUCGCCUACGACCGAGAGUUCAUCAGCCAGUACUGCCAGGUGUCGGCGCUGCUGGAGCUGGAGUCUCUUCUCUCCCAGCAGAGCCUGCGGGAGGCCUUCUCGGACGCCGAGCUCGCCACGGCUAAGCAGCGGCACCAGCAAGUGCAGGACUACAUCCAGCAAAUGGAGGAGAUCUGGCGUGAGGUGCGCUGGAUGAUGGACGCUUUGCAGCACGCCCGGUACAAGCAGCCGUCGCGAAUCUGGCAAUACUCCCACGGGAUCUCGGACGAGGAGGGCUCGGAGGUGUUCCUGGCUACAGACAGCGACUAUGAUUCCAGCAGGGCCCAGAGCCCCAAGGAGCUGGACCUGGUGUACUCCUCGGGCCCCGAGCGCUGUGGCAGGAAAAUGGCCCGCACCUUGAGGGACAGCGCCCCGGACGUCCUGCAGAGCCAUGAACUCAAAGCCCCCCCGCUGCUCCCGGAGGAGCCCCGGCCACCCCCCGAGCUGUAUGACAGCGACUUCGUCCUCCCCAGCCGGCAGAUCGAGCUGCUCCGCAUCACAGAGAAGCGUCAGGCCUACUGCGUCCGCACCAGCAGCUUGGAUUUCCCCAAGCCCUUCUUCCCGUGGACUCGCACCUUCCAGGAGCCGCCGGAGCCGGGGUGCUUAGCGAACCGCGGGCAGCAGCCAGGCGCCGUCGCCUUGCGGGUCUGUCCUCAGUACGAAACCGGACUCUCCAAAGAGACCAGCGUGAAGCUGCACGUCACCGCCCAGACGUCGGCGGGAGAAGUGGUGAAGCUGGUGGUGCGGGAGAUGAACCAGGCCUCCCGGGACGUGCUGGGCAGUGCGGAGGCCUUCUGCUACGGCGAGGACCAGCUGCCGCACUUCGGACUGGUGUUUGUGUCGGACGAGAUGGAGCAGUGGCUGCCCGACGACGUCUUGCCCCUCUCUCUGCACACGGCCUGGCCGGAGGGGCAGUUCCACGUCCGCAUCAGAGAGACAUCCCCGCUUCGGUUCCAGUACGGGCCGGCCACCACCGUAUGAGAGGAGGGGAGCGGACAGGCGCCAUUAGAGGAACCUCAACUUCCACUGAGCAAACAGCUCGCUCCAAUGCUUCCUUCCUCCUGCAACGCCCUCGUCAGGCCCCCCCAGCGGGCUGGGCCCGUGCCAGGCUGUGUGGUGUUGGUUGUGUGGCUUUAGCCAGAGACACAUGGAGACUUGGCUGGGCUGAUGGCGAGCGACGGGGGUGGAGCCCAGGAGACGUCUCAGCCCCUGGAAUGAAAUGUGGGGGCAGAGUGAGUGGGAGAAACUCACGCAGCAGCAGCAGCAGCAGCAAUACAGCCCCCUGCCCCCGAAGGGAAAGCCAGUGCUUGCAGGCGGAGUGGGGUGCUUACAGAGGUGUUGCCAGGAGGACUGUUGUGUCAACUGUCCUAGUUUCUGUACCUGGAGAAACACAUAAUGGGAACCAAACGAUUUCCCCCCUUUAAGAAUAGAACCGGAGACACUGGGGCUGGAUGGGAGCCGGGUGUCCUUUUUACUUGUUUUAAAGCAAAAGGAACCCCCCACAAUUGCACGCACCCGCCCACGCGUGCACACACGCACACACACAUUGUCACUACGGGGGUGCUACUGCGCAUUUCCCACAAUGUGCUCAGCACUGCAGUUGGGUUUUCUUUCUUUCGGUUGCCGUUUUGUUCUGGUGACUGUGAUUGGCCUCUCUUGUGUGUCCAGUAGCAUGAUGUUUUGUUAACGACUAGGUCUCUUGUUAACCAAGGGUAUUCUUUUGAACGCCUGUGAUCCCUAGUAAAGACAGCUGUGUUGCUGAGACUGUCA